AUCUGAAGAAGCAGAAGGCAAGAAAUAACAACACUUUGUUGAAAAUACAUUGCACUCUUCAGGAUGGACUUUUGUCCUGCUGGGUCAACUGACUUGAGUGAGGCUGAAGAGGUUGAAAUAGAGGCAAUCAGGCAGCACAGACAAGAGCUUUUGGAGGACAUUAAGAAGCUGAAGGAAGAGAUUGCUGAAGUGUUUGCAGAAAUUGAGUGUUUCCAAAAUGCAGAGGAGAGGCCAAAGGCAGACAAUAAUCCUGGGGAGCAAAUCAGCAAACUGUCAGAGAGGGAUAAAUUUCUGUCCCUGGGCCGGAAGAAAUUCAAUAUGGAUCCUGAAAAGGGGAUACAGUACCUGACUGAGCACAAGGUAUUGUCCUCAGACCUGCAGGAUAUCGCCAAAUUUCUCCACAAGGGUGAAGGCCUGAACAAGACAGCCAUUGGGGAUUACCUGGGUGGGAGGGACCCCACAAACAUUCAGAUCCUCCAAGCCUUUGUGGCAUGUCACCAGUUUGCCAACCUCAACCUGGUGCAGGCACUGAGACAGUUCCUGUGGAGUUUCCGGCUGCCUGGGGAAGCGCAGAAGAUUGACCGGAUGAUGGAGGCCUUUGCCAACUGGUACUGCAAGUGUAACCCGGGAGUAUUCCAGUCCACAGAUACCUGUUAUAUACUCUCCUUCUCUAUCAUCAUGCUUAACACCAGCCUGCACAACCCCAAUGUGAAAGACAAACCCGCCUUUGAAAGGUUUGUAGCCAUCAACAGAGGCAUUGACAAUGGAGGAGACCUGCCAGAAGAGCUCUUAAAGAAUCUGUUUGAAAGCAUCAAGAACGAGCCAUUCUCCAUACCUGAGGACGAUGGGAAUGACCUCACACAUACUUUCUUCAACCCUAACCGUGAGGGCUGGCUCCUGAAACUAGGAGGACGUGUGAAAACCUGGAAACGCCGUUGGUUCAUUCUGACCGAUAACUGCCUGUACUACUUUGAAUACACCACGGACAAAGAACCUCUGGGCAUUAUCCCCCUGGAGAACCUGUCAGUCCGGAAGGUGGAUGAUCCCAAAAAGCCCAACUGCUUUGAGCUCUUCAAUCCCAACUGCAGAGGGCAAAAGAUCAAAGCCUGCAAAACAGAUGGGGAUGGGAAGGUGGUUGAAGGCAAGCAUCAGUCCUACAAGAUCUCAGCAGCCACACCAGCAGAACGUGAUGAGUGGAUUGAGGCAAUACGGACUAGCAUCACACAGGAUCCUUUCUAUGAUCUGGUCUCUGCCCGUAAGAAAAAGAUUGCCAGCAAAAACUGAGGACUAACCUGGUGACUGGCAGCAGGAAGAUGUGGUUAUUGGACAGCUUCCCUUCCUCACUGGAUUCUUCCAGUGAAGAAAUCUGGGAGCAUUGGUUCCCUCUGCCUCCCACUUGGCAGGAAGAUAAUGGACAGGACAACUUGCCAGAUUUGCUUCUUCCCUUUCCAAACUGAAGGCAGAGGUGCAGGGUGCAAGCCCCUGAGGACUGUCAGAACCCUGGAUAUGGUGUUUCCUAUGUCCAAAUUUUAGAGGCUGAACAGCAACUGGCCUUUGGGUUCUCCCAUACACCCUCAGGCAUGUAGGACAGGAUUUGAGGAGAGACAAGAAUGUCUUCAGGAUGUCUCCAGCCCCUCCCACCAUCAAACCAGGCCUGGAGAUUUUUCUGGGAGGGACCAUGUAGAUGCUCUAGGAGCAGCAAAGCAUCGUCCAGUCAGGUGCAGUGCAAAAAAGCUCCAGUGGUUUCUUUUCCAUGAACAGAUGUGUAGUGGUUGUGGAGAAGGGACCACUAAUGUUUAAGAACCCCCCUGUGAAACAAAAGGCCAGGGAAGAUAAGAAGCCUUGUGUUCAGAAGAGCUGUUCAGAGAGAUAAGGAGCUGUCUCUACCUCUCUCUACAGCCAUGAGGGUUGUAAUUCUGGGAAGUCCCUGCUCUGUAGCUGAAUCACUGGUUUUAGAAAGUUAAAAAUGUUGGAUUAAGAGAUACGGGGUAACUAAGUGACGAGAGGCUCCAGGAAGGUGGCUCUAGGUCUUUUGUCUGUGUUUUGAGGCUCAGGGACCACCACAGGUCUCCUUAGGGAAGAAACCCAAACGCUGGCUCUCCUCCUGGCUGGUGGCACAAAUUCCUUCCUUAUACCAUCCCAGGGGUCUGAUCUUUGUAUCUGAAAGACCUGCAGCCAGAAAGGCACAGAAGUUUGGAGGUGCAUACACACCACAAGCACACACACACACACACGCAGAGGCGUUCCCAUCUCCACGCAUCA